AUGAACAAGCUCAUCAUCUUCUUUCCCUCCUUAACCUCUCUGCUUCUAAUGUCUUCCUUCUCCGCCAUUCUACAUCCAUCUCUCUGUUCCUCCGCCCUCGCCUCCGCCCCAUCCCACAACCACUUCACCGCAUUCCACCACUUCCUCGAGACCAACAUCAACCGAACUGCAGCGUCAAUUGGAACAACCCAGCAGAGCAUCAGAGCCCUUUUGAGGCUCCAAGAAUUGUAUGUCCAAGAAAGGAAUGCGCUGAGAGAUUGCUUGGAGAUGUUAGACCAAACCCUUUACGAACUAGGCCAGGUAAUCGAAGACUUGCACGGUUUGCGUGUGUCUUACGGCAACCUCAAGACCCUUCUGAGCGCUGCAAUGACGAAUCAGAACACUUGCAUUGAUGGGUUCUUUGAGUUGGAGGAGUUGGACUCCGAAAACCAAAAGGGUCUCAAAGGUCACUUGCAAGGGCUGCUGAGUCCGAUUUCCGAGUCGAUGAGUAAUUGCUUGGCAAUGAUCAGAAACCAAGAACAGAUUCUGAAUUCGCAGAAGAGGGUUAGUAGCAGUACUACCAAGAAAUCAUCGAAGAAGAGGUUUCCGAAAUGGAUGCUGCCGGGUGAUCGAAAUCUGAUGCAGAGAUUAGUGCCAAGAAUAAGGGCUGACAUUGUUGUUGCUGCCGAUGGGAGUGGAGAUUAUGAAACCAUUGGUGAAGCUCUGAAGGUGGCUCCUAAUUUUAGCAUGGACAGAUUUGUAAUUAGAAUAAAUUCCGGGGUUUACAAUGAGACUGUAGAGAUCGCCAGAGUAAAGUCUAAUAUCAUGCUUGUUGGGGAAGGGAUGAAAUCAACCAUAAUCACAGGGUCUAAGAGCUUUGCAGAUGGAUUUUCCACCUUUGCUACAGCCACUUUCACUGUAAUCGGGGACAAGUUCCUAGCUAGGGACCUGACGAUAACCAACACAGCAGGCUCAGAAAAGUUCCAGGCAGUUGCUGCAAGAGUGACCUCAAACUCUGCAUUCUACCGCUGCAACUUCAGUUCAUACCAAGACACCCUCUACGUCCACUCACUCCGCCAAUUCUACCGCAACUGCAUCAUCGAAGGCACGAUUGAUUUCAUUUUUGGUAAUGCAGCUGCAGUCUUCCAACGCUGCAGGGUGAUUGUCCGAAAACCAAUCCCCGGACAGAAAGUUAUGAUCACUGCACAAGGCAGAACGGACCCGAAUCAGAACACCGGCAUUUCACUGCAGAAAUGCACCAUUGUGGCUGCGCCGGAAUUCAACAAGACCGAGAGGCAAACUAUCACAGCAUUUUUGGGAAGGCCAUGGAGGAACUACUCAAGGACAGUUGUGAUGAGGAGCUAUCUGGGGGACUUGAUACACCCACAGGGGUGGUCAAAGUGGGAUGAAUUUACCACUGUGGACACGGUGGAGUACAUUGAGUACUUGAACUUUGGACCUGGAUCAGACACAAGGCAAAGGGUAAAUUGGGGAGGGUAUAAAAGGAAUUGCAGUGAGGAGAUCGUGAGGCAGUUUACAGUUGGCUUGUUUUUGCAUGGUGAAAGUGACUGGAUUCAGACCACUGGGAUUCCACUCUCUUAUGGUUCAUAACA